AUGGCUCCUCGCAUUACCCGUUCUGCUGGCAAAGCCGUACCGGCGACGGCGCUCAAUGGAAAAGAUGUCACUGCACUGCAGGCAUCCGAUAUAUCCAACACGACCAGCAGCAAGAAAACCAUCGCAACAAAGGCUGCCGGUUCCAAAAGACCUGCUGCCAAGCGAGGUACCUCCCAGAAUCAAAGCAAAAAGCAGAAGAGCUCCUCCACGUCAGCGCCUUCUGCAGGUUCCAAGCGACCAACUGGCAAAACUUCUGCCUCCACAAAGCAGAAGAAACCUGCUCUGACGUCCACCAAUACUGACGAACUCCCACACAACCUGGGCCCAGCGACAAUUCCCUUCUCUGUCGAUGCUGGUACCCCUGUUUCUACCAAUGAAUCCAACAAAGAAAAUCAGGCAAUCAAGGUGGAUAACAGUGACGAGCUAGCUGCAGAGCUUCAGCAAACAGACAGCAAGGCCACAGAUACCGUGGUCAAAACAGAACCUGCCACCAGGACCAAGGCCAACCCGAAAGCCAAAAGAGGCCCUUACGGUCUAACACCUGGUAGAAGCCCAUUUCCGGACUGGGCUCAUCCCACAGUCGAGGAGUGCGAAGAAGUCAAUCGACUCCUGUCCAGCAUUCAUGGAGAGGCCACAGCGCCAAAGACCAUCCCCGAACCAUCUCUGACAGUGACAGGCUGUGGCGAAGUCCCGUCUGUCCUGGAUGCACUCAUCCGAACUCUUCUCAGCGGCGCCACCACGGGCGCCAACUCCGCCAGGGCAUUCAACGGCCUGGUGCAGCGAUUCGGGAUUCUGUCUGAAGGCGUCGGUAGGGGCAGUGUGAACUGGGAUGCCGUGCGACAGGCAGACGUCAAAGAUGUCUUUGAAGCGAUUAAGAGCGGCGGGCUGGCGGAUAUCAAGAGCAAGAACCUCAAAGCGAUUCUGGAUCUGGUCCACAAGGACAACCAAGAGCGGCGCGAUCAGCUGCUAGAGGAGGGAUCUGUAGGCAAUAACAAUGGAGCAGCUGGUUCGACAAAGAUGCAGCCUGUCAAGGUGGAGAAGGACAAGGAAUACGAAAUCGCCUGUGCGGACCAGAACGUCCUCUCGCUGAACCACCUGCACAACUUCUCGUCGGACGAAGCUAUGCUGGAACUAGUCAAGUAUCCCGGCAUCGGGCCCAAGACAGCAGCAUGCGUGAUUCUGUUCUGUCUCCAGCGCCCCUGCUUCGCUGUUGACACGCACAUCUUCCGCAUCUGCAAGUGGCUGGGCUGGUUGCCGCCCUCGGGUCCCGUCAACGAGGUCACGGCAUUCAGUCAUCUGGAGGUGUGCAUUCCCGAUCAUCUGAAAUACUCGCUCCAUAAGCUCUUUAUUCAGCAUGGCAAGUCUUGUCCCCGGUGCCGAGCUGCUACGGGACAGUCGAGUGUGGGUUGGGAAGAUGGGUGUGUUAUUGAUCAUCUUGUUACGAGGACUGGGAAGCGGAAGGGUCCUCCGGUGAAGGUUGGUCGGAAAAAGGGUGGCAAAGGGAAGAAGAAAAGUGAGGAGAUGUCUGAUGAGGAAGACGAGCUGGAUGACGAGGAGAGUGAACUGAGUGAGCUGAGCGAUGUGUCGACUGAGUGA